AUUUAAAUGGGAAGUUAUUAAAGAAAAUCUGAAUAGAUAUAAAGAAUAUCGUGAAAUUUAUUUGCAACAACUAAAUCAUCAUAAAAAUGAAAAACGUGCUCAAGAAUUAGAAAAACAAAUUGAUCUUUUUAAUUUAAUUUAUAUUCGUCGAACUGCACAAAUUCAAUAUGCUAAGAAAAAAAUUGAAGAAAAAGAUCUUUCUUGGUGGGAUAAAUUAGUCAAUUGGUGGAGUUCAAAUUCAGAUCAAGAUAAUACAGAAUUUAAAUUUAAUGAUUCAUUAUCAAUGGAAGAAAAAACAAAAUUAUAUCAAGCAAUUGGUUAUAAAGAUGAUCAACCUUCUCAACAAUUAUAUUAUCCAGAAGAGUAUAUUGAUAUUGAUGUUUCAUUGAAAUUAAGUCUUAUUGAAAUAAAUAUUUGGUCUUUAAUUCAUCAAAAUGAUUUACAUAUGAAAGUCAUCUCUCGUCUUUCAAUAUCAAAUGGUCAAUUAGAAUUUCAACGUCGUCCAGCGCGAGAUGAUAUUCAAUUAGUUAUUGAUUUAAAUUCAUUAGAAAUGUCUGGAAUUGAUUCAGAAUUGAAUAAUGAAAAUGAAUUGAACUUAUCUCGUCCUCUUUUAAUUCAAUCAUUUAAUCAAACAAAUAAACUUCUUCAUAUUGAAUUUGAAACAAAUCCAUUAAAUACUAAAUCUGAUUAUCGUAUUCAAGCUAAAUCUCAACCAUUACAAAUUAAUUAUCAUGCAAUGACAAUUAAUAAAUUAAUUGAAUGUUUUUUACCGGAUAGACAUCAUGAUUUAGAAGGAAUAAAAGAAGCAGCUUAUUCAAUUUAUAUAGAUAUAAAACAUCGUACACAAUUUUUAGUUAGUGAAAAUCUUAAAACAAUAACAGAUUUAGAUAUUGAUAUUGAUUUACAAUCGAUUUAUUUCAUUGUACCAGAACAUGGAUUUUAUCAAUCUUCUUCAUCAGUUAUUUGUUUGGAUUUAGGUCGUUUUAUGUUUAAAGGUGGUGAAAAAAAUGUUCAAAAUCUUGAAAAAAAUGUUUUUUAUGAUGCUAAAAAUGAUCAAGAUGAUUUAAUUUAUGUUCCUUUAAAAAUUCAAUUAGAAAAUGUUCAAUUACUUUAUCUUACACAAAAUGAAAAUUGGAUUGAUUUACGUUUACAAGAAGAUUCACCAUCACAUUUAAUUAAACCAAUUACAUUAACAUUAGAUCUGGGAAAAUUAAUUCACAUCGAAAACAAUAAAUUACCUAUGUAUGAUACUUUUUCAUAUUUCAGACUCGUUUAA